AUGUUCGCUGCAUCCAUCAGCUCGAAAUCUCGAGGAAAGGGCGAUCGGACACCCAAUCAUCACUUCGUUCCCGACUUGGCCCGGGCUUCAGUCGACCCACACAUCGCCCUAUGUCAACCCACUUCCCGCUCUCCCCCGCCUUCUAACCUCAUCGAGUCGGGAAAUGUUUCAACGGACGAGAGUAAGCAGACGGCUGGCCCCUCUACAACUCGCACACAUCGACAGACGGCCAAACUUAGCAAGCAAAAAGAGCUAUUCUCGGAUUGCAUCGGGAACGCCUCUUCAUUCGUUAGUACGUCAUCUUUUGAGGCAAAGGUUGCGAUGGAGCCUGCGGCGCAUACGUUUCACCGAUGGAUGGCUGCCGCCAAAGAUAAUAUCGAACGGUUUAAAACACUUCCUGAGCCUGCCGAACACAACUUUGAAGCAUCAGCAUCGUCUACCGACAUGGAGACUUCCGUUAAUCCCAGUGCUGGCUCAGCGGAUGCUCUCGACCAGUACACAGAUCCAUCGCUGGGGAAGCAAGUUGGUGACCACACUGGGAUGGCAGAAACAGAGAAACCACCUGUUCGCCCGUCUUUCUGGAAGUUGUGGACUAUAUGGAUGCUGGCAACGGUCUCAGAGAUUCGCCCGCGUCCCCGGUCGGCUAUGAGCGGAACUAUCAGGCGGUUUUGUGAGGCAGCAAAUCAAUAUCCCUCACCACUUCCAAAUUCAUCGGUAUCAUUCUUUCAACCAGCCUUUCAUCCCUCUCUUCUUGUAUUCUCCCGGGGAUAUGCAACCGCAACGAAACGGGGACUGAAACGUCGAACACAUGGUAGGCGCAACACAGCUCGUGCUCAGGGCAAACUAAAGCCGGCAAGCGUACCAAAAGACAAAGUGGAACGUCCGAACCCACGGCCUCCUCCGAAAAAAUCGCCCUUCAUACAUGAAGUUUCAUCUGAUAUAGACGCUCCGUAUAUUCUUAUUCCCGCUCCCGCCACUCAGAACGAACUUUGCAACGCCCUUCGUUAUCUAAUUCAGUCAACCGAACCGCCAGCUUCCCUUCCUCGACUGAUUGUAACCCACACCCAGUAUCCUACCCUCCAAUCUGCCGAGUCGUACAACAUUUUACUCGCCCAUGCGUCCAGAGUCGCUCCUGUUCCAUAUUCUUCUCAGAUUUGCGAGCGCAUAUACAAUCCCGACGGUGGGAACAGGCCAUCAGCUCGCCGAAAAACUAUGGAUAGAUGGGGCUACAACUGUAGAGGAUACGAUGAUGAUGGCGAAUCGUGUUGGAAACUUUUUCCCACUGGGGUCACCGUCGAUGUUAUCAGUCGCUCGCCUAGAAUUGCAUACAAUGUUGUGCGGCUCUUAGUCAAUACCGGACUCCACGAACAAGCUUUGCAACUUUGUAGGAAGCUACUCGAGUCUCUUGAAUUCCCUACUCCUGCCAAUAUUCGGUACUGUCGGGCUAUUUUGUGCCAUGUUAUCCGGCCUCCACGGGGCCACCCUAGCGCCCACUUGUUUAUGGAGCAGUACCAACUAUUCGAUUCUCUUCUUCAGCACAACCGCUCUCUGGGACUUACGCCUGACCCAAGUCUUACCUGCGCUUUACUUCAAAACUUGCGUAAACGACACAAUCGGGGUCCUAUCGCAUUUCACACCCUACUCGAGCUCCGAGCCAAGUAUGGCCCGCAGGUGGAAAACGGUGCGGUACGCCGCAUAAUUGCACGAUAUGCAAUUGACGAGGAGAAAUUUGACCUGGCGCAUAACAUGCUCAAACGAGAAAGUUUGACGCGCACAGAUGGUGGCAAACAGUCCCAGUCGCCUCCGUCGGAACCCAAGGCGCCUUGGGUUGGACAGAGCGCUCUGCCUACCCAAUCCCAUUUAGAGUAUCUCCGAAACAAAGGGAUAGAGAACCGGAAGUUUACUGCAACGGCUAGGUCUCUUCGCCGUAGGGAGUCGAAGCUGGGUAAGAGGGUGCAGCCAUGUCCAGAAAACAUGUCAACUAGGGGAGAGCGGGGGAAGCAAUCGACGAGCAUACACCCUAACCGGAAACGAUGUACAGCCGGGCGAACUGUAUCUCUCACCAGUAACAAUAAUAAAGAAAAGGAUACUUGA